GGUUUCCUGUAUAAGACCGAGCGCGAUUACUGUAUCACUUCGAGAACUAAUGUGGGGUUUCAUGACUGAAGAGAGACAGUUGGUAGGUGCAGGACGAGGAGGACCUGCUCCGCGCUACUGGACAGCAGCCGCUUUGCACAGUACGACCCCCGCUUGUCAAGCUGUUCCGAGUUUCUGAGGAGGCGUGUAGUGUAGUAGUAUAGAUCAUGCGGUGCUCGGCCGUCCCGUGUGUGUCAGGACAGGAGGAGCCCGAGCGGUGCUGCUGCCGGCGGUGGCAGGUGUAAUCCGGUCCGGCAGCCGAGACGAGAGUGACGCGGACAGCAGAGUCGCAGGGCUCCGGCAAAAGUCCGAGGAGCAGGAGAAGUUCCAGCCAAGUCCCAGGAGGAGCUCCGGCAAAGUCUCGUAAAGUCACCGAAAAGUCGCAGAGCCACCAGGACAGGAGGAGGAGCCCCCCCCAGGGGGGGGGGGCUGCUCCAGCCUGCGGAGGAGUCGCCCAAUCAGCAGCCAUGGACUGGUUAAUGGGGAAGUCAAAGGCAAAGCCCAAUGGGAAGAAAGCACCAGCAGAGGAGCGCAAGCAGUACCUGGAGUCCGAGUACACCAAGGUGCGCGUGGUGGACCUGGACCUGAAGGAGCUGGUGGUGCUGCCCCGCGAGAUCGAUCUCAACGAAUGGCUGGCCAGCAACACUACCACCUUCUUCAACCUCAUUAACCUGCAGUACAGCACCAUCUCAGAGUUCUGCACUGGGGACUCGUGUCAGGCGAUGACAGCAUGCAGCACGAUAUACUUCUGGUAUGAUGAAAAGGGCAAGAAAACAAAGUGCACAGCGCCACAGUACGUUGAUUUCGUCAUGAGUCUGGUGCAGAAACUGGUCACAGACGAGGACAUCUUUCCCACGAAAUACGGCAAGGAAUUCCCCAAUGCCUUUGAUUCGGUGGUGAAGAAGAUCUGCAGGUACCUGUUCCACGUGCUCGCUCACAUCUACUGGGUGCACUUUAAGGAGACACUUGCUCUGGAGCUGCAUGGCCACUUGAACACUCUCUACGCACAUUUCAUCGUCUUCGUGAGGGAGUUCAGCCUGGUGGACCCCAAAGAGACCUCCAUCAUGGAUGACCUGUCUGAAGUCCUCUGCACACCUUUGCCUGCUGCACAGAACCACGUGACUGAGAGAUGAGCCGCUGCAGCGCAACUGCCGCAAUACCGGAGGAUUUCAGGAAGGAGGGGGUGGAGCCAGCUACAAAGCGGGUGGGACUUAAACCUUCCACACCCAUAAUAUUGCUACCCUGCGGACCCUGCUUUUCUGGGGUCUGUCGCACCAGCUGGAAUUGGUGUGAGCGACUCCCCGGGGCAAUUCCCGCCUGCCCGCCCACCCGCCUGUCCGGUCCUUUGAACCGGAACAAUCAAUGUCUUUAUUUUUCUAUUUUAUUUAAUCUUAAUUAUUACAUUGUUGCUGUUGUUUGAGUGUCGCACUUUUCCUCUCCUUGUGCUCUUAGGAGUGUGGCGGCACCACCUCUGCCAGAGGAUUCCCGCGUAAUAUUGUACAAACAGGUUGUGUCGGGGGUGGUUAUUUGAGGUGCGGCGCCUCCUGGGAGGGCGGGCAAAUGGUCGGCUACUGUCCCAAAAACGCGGCGCAUUUCCCCUCUUUCGCUUUGUGCUCGAGCAGAGCUGAGAUCCCUCGAGCACUUUUGAGAGCUGCUCCGCUCGCAAGUCGCAGCAGCGAUGCCCUUUACUGCGGUAGGCCGCGGAGAGAAAUGCAGACACACUGUUUUCAUGUUAACGUUGUCACACUUGUAAUACUGUAGUCAAGUAACCUGGUUGCCCCUCCUUAACCGAGUGGCCUGUAAAUAUGCUUUGGAGGAGGGCAGGAGAGCUGUACCCCAUGGGGAGGCUGGAGGAUGAAGGCGAAGGUCAGUUCUCGCUCCUGUUGCUGGUGACCUGCUGUGGUGGCGAUUUGUUUUCUAGCUGCUAGUCAACUGGCAGCACUGAGCUCAUUUUCCCCAGUUAAGUAGGUAAUUUGAUGCUUUAAUUUUCCAACCCUUUUAGCUUUUCUUGAGCAAAAACAAAAACUCCUAGUGAUAUGUGGAAUAUGUAUAUAAAUAUACACACUUCCUUUUCCUCCUGAAAUUUGUAAUUUACUGUUCAUUAGUUUAUUCAGUGAUUUGCUAAGUUAUCUUACCAUCAAGUGCAAAAUUACUUAUUCAGCGCUGAAUUAUGUUCUUUUCACAAUCUCUUAAAUUGGCUUUCAAAGGGCACCCUCUAAUUGUCACAUUUUUAAACAUUUGUUAGUUUUGAUGUUAAUUGAGCUGAUGGCUCAGCUAGGGCUCAUUUGUGUACAUGGUAGGUGACCAGGACCAGGAGGGUGAAAGUCAGUCCCCUCCAAAUAGUGUGUGUGAGUGUGUGAGUGAGAGAGAGAGAUGCACUGGGGUGGUGGUGGCGGCGGCAGUGAAUGACAGCUGCUUCUGCUGAACUGAGCAGUACUUUGAGAAGACAAAGACAUUGGCUGUGUCUGCUUUACAUUCCCAUCCCACCCACUCCACUGUUCUGUACAGCAGGUUAUAAUGUGGCCUGUCGUCCCCCCCCUUCCCCCGGGGGUCUGUAAGCGGAACAGACGAUAUUCAAAAUGAUCAUGCCACUCCUGAAGCCAUCACCUUUUGUUAUGUCAUCCCCACAACGUGGACCCCAAGGUGUUGAGUGCUGAUGCGCUGGAGAGUGAGUGGCAGUGAGGGAGUGUGUUUGUCCCAGACCUCACCGUGUCCCUGUGACUGUGUCACGCAUGUCGGAACCGGGGUGGCAGAGCCUCUCUGUCAAGGAGGGGCGUUUUUUAUUUAUUUUUAAAAACUGAUUAUUCUUAUUUUUUGUUGUUUGCAGGGUUCCUCAGUUCUGGCUUUUCAUUUUAUGCAUUUUAAUUAUCUAAGUUAAGAGCGUUUAAUAUUUUAAGCUCUGCAAAUUAUAGCCUAAUAAAGUUUAAAAAGCAA